AGCCCGUUAGCCUAUCUCUCCCCGCUCGGCCUGACUCCCAAGACUCGUCCCAGCAGACUCAGACCGAGGCCCGUCCAGCCACAAGUCACAACGCAUCCCCGACUCCGCGCCCGUCUCAAAUUACAUUAUGCCACACCCUUCGGACCUCGCCGUGGUUCUCUGUCACGGUUCUUACCACACUCCGGCCCCGUACGGCGCGCUGCUGGAAGCCUUGCAGGUUCGGGGCAUCGCGGCGUACUGCCCACAGCUCCCCACUGCCGACCUCGCGAAACUCAACGUCGGCGAUGUCGCCAAUCCCGACUUCGGCCGCGAACCCCCGCCGGGAGGCUAUCCCCAGGGCGAGGAGGACACAGAGGCUGUGCUGAGCAUUCUCAAGCCGUUGGUGGAAGCGGGCACGGAGGUCCUGAUGGUCGGUCAUUCAUCUGGCGGCUGGGCGGCCACGCAGGCGGCGCAGCCUGAUCUGCAGGCCGAUGUGCGAAAGUCUCAAGACCUUGCUGGAGGAGUUAUUGGCAUCCUCUACGCAGGCGCAUUCGUGAUUCCAGUCGGCGAAUCGGUGAACAGCUUCUUCCAACCCAAGGACGGCAACUUUGUGACGCCCCCGUUCAUGACUUUCCACAAACACGGAGCCGCCGGACUCGGCACGAUUGUCGACGCCGAGAAAUUCCUCUUCAACGAUCUCGACGAGUCCACCGCGAAACAGUGGGCAGCUACCCUCACGGCCUCUCCCAUCCUGACUUCGAAGCUCACGAACGAUGCUUACUCGGCGCUCCCAUGUGCCUACCUAGUCCUGGAGGGGGAUCUGACGCUGCCUCGUGAGUAUCAGGAAGGCAUGGCUGGUCUUCAGGCCUCUAAGACGGGCAACUUUUCAAUCUACAAUUGCCCAGCCGGCCACUCCCCUCACCUCAGUUGGACGGAAGGCAUGGUCGAUACCAUUCAAAGUUUUAUCGAGAAGAUCAAGGUGGAUCAAAGGGCUAAGGAAGCUUCUAAGUGAGCCUAGGUAUGGGGGUAGAGAGGUCGGAUCGGGAAAGGAUCGCGUAAAGGGAGAGAAGGCGUGUUUGACUUGCAGGUCGUUUAGUUCGC